UCGUACUGCAGUGAUCCUGACCUGGUCCUGGAGCUGAAGAACCUCAUUGUCAUAUUUGCAGACACAUUACAGGGUUAUGGCUACCCAGUGAGCAGACUGUUUGACCUACUGUUUGAGAUCAGAGACCAGUACAAUGAAACGCUGCUGAAGAAAUGGGUUCUGGUGUUCAGGGAGAUCUUUGAACUGGACAACUACAGCCCUAUCCCCGUAGAGACUGAAGAAGACUACAAAUCUGUAAUUAGUAGAUUCCCUUUCCACGACGCAGAAAUCGAAAAGCAAGACUUUCCGAAGAAGCUGCCGAUGUCUCAGUCGGUGCCUCAGAUCUAUGUUCAGGUCAAAGAGUUUAUCUACGCCAGCCUGAAGUUCUCCGAGUCGCUGCAUCGCAGCUGGACAGAGAUCGAUGACAUGCUCCGUAAAUCCACAAACCUGUUGUUGACGAGGACACUGAGUGGCUGUCUACAGAACCUCAUCAAGAAACCCCAUAUAGGACUAACUGAGUUAGUCCAGAUCAUCAUCAACACAACCCAUCUGGAGCAGGCCUGUAAAUACCUGGAGGACUUCAUCACCAACAUCACCAACGUCUCACCUGAGACCGUACACACCACACGGCUCUACGGCCUUUCCACCUUUAAGGAUGCACGUCAUGCAGCGGAGGGAGAGAUCUACACCAAACUAAACCAGAAGAUAGACGAGUUUAUCCAGCUGGCAGACUAUGAUUGGGGCAUGCCGGAGUCAGACGGCCAGGCCAGUGGAUACCUUAUGGACCUCAUCAACUUCCUCCGCAGCACCUUCCAGGUCUUCACACACCUGCCGGGUAAAGUGGCCCAGACAGCCUGUAUGUCAGCGUGUAAGCACCUGUCCACGUCCCUGAUGCAGAUGCUGUUGGACUGCGAGCUGAAACAGAUCAGUAUGGGAGCCGUUCAGCAGUUCAACCUGGACGUCAUACAGUGUGAAUUGUUUGCCAGCUCAGAGCCGGUGCCAGGAUUCCAGGGGGACACUUUACAGCUGGCCUUCAUCGACCUCCGGCAGCUGCUGGACCUGUUCAUGGUUUGGGACUGGUCUACGUACCUGGCUGACUACGGACAGCCCACCUCCAAGUACCUCCGGGUCAACCCUUCCACUGCACUAGCACUUUUAGAGAAAGUCUACAGGGGAAUGAAGGACACCAGUAAGAAGAACAACAUCUUUUCUCAGUUCAGGAAGAAUGACAGAGACAAACAGAAGCUGAUUGAGACAGUGGUGAAACAGCUGAGGAGCCUGGUCAAUGGGAUGUCUCAACACUCCUAGAACACACACACACACGGACGGACGGACGGACGGACUAAGCUAAAAACAGUUUCUCUGUCAUGAAUGAGAAAUGAGUGAAAUGUUUUAAAUGUAUUUUUUUAAAGGCUCAGAAUACUAUGUUUUGUAUAUAGUGAGAGAGUUGCAGUGAUUUGUAUCACCACGGUGUUGCGAUGGUGAUGUAAGGAAUGUAAAGAUAUCUCAGAUGAAGACUGAACAGGAAGCUGAUGGUCACUAGUUGAAGUGGCCCAGAUAGGGGACUGAGCCGUCAAGGAGAGGCUCCAAUCCCCCCCCCCGAGCCCUAUGCACCCUAUCUGCCCUGCUCAAAAAAGUAGUGCACUAUGUAGGGAAUAGGGCCCUGCUCUAAAGUAGUGCACUAUAUAGGGAAUAGGGCCCUGCUCUAAAGUAGUGCACUAUAUAGGGCCCUGGUCUAAAGUAGUGCACUAUAUAGGGAAUAGGGCCCUGCUCUAAAGUAGUGCACUAUAUAGGGCCCUGGUCUAAAGUAGUGCACUAUAUAUUGGAUAAUAUUUAACACUACAGAGAAUCACGCUGGGGUUGUGUCACAAAUGUCGUCCUAUUUCCACAGGGCUCUGGUCAAUGCCAGGGAUGCACUAGCUCCCCGUCUCUGCCAAGUCGUUCAGCCCAGCUUGAAUCAAAACAGCUUUGAUUAGUGUCCAAAUGAUCUGCAUGAACAUAGUUCCACUGUUUAAACCCAGUACAGGACCAGAGACCUUUGUUCAUUUACACUCAAACUAUUAUCUUUUGACAAGAAAAGACACCCAAAAUCAAUUUUUUUUAAAAUUAUUAUUAUUUUUUUGUAUCAGCCAAUUUAUUAGCUAAAUCAAUUUUCUUGCAUCCCAAAAAAUUCUACUUGUUUUUGUUCCUCAGGGUAAAUGAAAGCUUUUGGUUUCAAAUGCUUUAGAAUCUACCGUUAAGACAUUUCAAGAAAAACAGCAAUAAGGAUCUAGUCUAGCCGCAGGUUCUGCUAACAGAACGACUUCUGUCUCAAAUCUGAAAUCACAUUUCACAGUUGGAUUUAUGGUUUUUAAUCUCUGCUACUUUUUUAAACAGGCAUUUUGCACUGAAUAGCUAUUUCAGUUAGCCUUUUUUUUUAAAAAUAUAUAUAUAUAAAUAGUUGCUUGUAAAUGUCAUUGUACAUACCGCAUAUUUUGUAAAGAAAAUAAGAAUGCCGGCUUCCUUCUGUUAACGAAUAAAAAAGGAGUUUGUUGUUAUGAGAUGCAUCUCUUUAAAUCUAAAUAUGUAAAUUAAUUAGUCUUUCAGUGAAUUAAAUUAACUACUAUUAGUCAAUACAUCACCUGGUGAGAAAUGUAAUUUUUCUAAAAAAAAAAAAAUUUUGGUUUCUAGUGUCGUAGUUAAAACAGGAAAUUACUAUUGAAUAACCCGCUCCACAUUCCAAUGUGAAAUGAACUGAGUGUUUCGUAAGGAUGGACUGUCGUGGCGAGGGGAAGAGAAUACGCCCCCUGUAACCUAAUUUUAUUUUGUUUUUAUUUGUGUGCAGUAAUAAAAAUGUGUUCUCUCAAUCAAA